UAUUCUCGCCCAAUAAGAACCCUUGCUAUGUUUUUGAGGGCGAGAGCACCUGGACAGUCGAAAUUUUCUGUAUGAUGGACGAUGUGACAAUACCAAUACAUUCCCGGUAUGGCGCUUCGCCCAGGGUAUUGAAACAGACUUCGAGACGCUGUAUUACGAUUACACGCCCCUUCUCAUCAAAGUUUUCAAGUUCUUUUCAUUGGCCUUUUUCUCGUCCAAAAUUUCGCCUGGCUUCCUUUGUAGGCUUGCAUACCAAAAAAAAAGUCUUGUUCGUUGAGGACCAAAUAUUCGGGGAAAUAUUGAUUCAAUACUGUGGUUGCGGCACAGGGCACAGAGGGACUCUUGAUAUCCUUGAAAUAAUCUGGAAGAUGGAGAGUGCUUGUUGGCUUGAGAUGAAAAGCACAACAUCUUAACAAUUUCCAUCUGCCUGGGCAAUAAUAAAAAGAAUAAUAAUAAAAGUACGGAGUUACGGAGUGCGGAGCAGUUAGGGGAAAAAACAAAGCAACUUGCACCCCCAUCAAACACAACCACCAAACGUUGCUCUGUAUCGAAAACAGAGACCGCUUGGCCUGGACUCAAGACCAAUUCAGACACAAAAAAAAAAAAAAAAGGUGGAAAUUUUCUUUUUCCAUUCGAUGUGCCAGAAGUUAGAACCUGAAAGCCUCCUCCAGUGCAGUGCAGUGCUCAAUCUAAAUAAAUACGUAGACCCGCUCCCAAA